AUGGAUGGCGUUGAGGGCGAUGAACUUUCGGUCCAUCACCUCGACUCAGCGUCAGCGGCAUCACGUGCCGUCAGCACCAAGGCUUUCGGCGCCCGGCAUGACCCCUCAGUCAGUCCUGUGAGAGCAACAGCGUGGAGAGGGCGCCUUGCGUCCCGCCCCUCAUCUAGGGCCUCUUUCGUGGGGCGUUUUGGUGGCAGCUCUGGCGGCAUUGACAGCCAAACAAUCGACGGGGAGGGAAUAGGGUCAUUGGGAGGGCUCACCGGGCCGGCCGGCGGUAUCGAGGGAAUGACGUUGGAAGACCAUGCAGGAACUGCGAGUUCACGGUUCGGGGACGGUGACGGCGAAGUCUACCCAUGGCCGGACCAAGACGCUUGCUCCCCGGACACGAGCUUCGCAACGCCCAGGCACUUCUCCCGCCCUCCCCUGCCGCCGCCCUUGACACCGCCGAGAUUUGACAGCAUGUCAUACCCAUUUGAAGAUCGCCGCCGGAGCUACGCAGUCUCAAUCCCCCCGGAGCUCGAUACCAGCUUCAUCCACCAACCAAACCCGGAAUACUUUGCCACUUCAACCUCCACCGAUGCCCACGGCUCGAGCAGUCCACAAAGCUCUCCAAUGGAUGCGGCCAUUCCACGACGACGGUCGUACACAAAAAGUGUGCCCAUCGGGAUUCCCAUGCCCAGCACUACCUCGGCCUCAUCAACGGAAACCACCAUCUCCGGCGGCGGAAACGCCAGCAGCAGCACUUUCUCCUUCUCCCCUUCAAGUUACCCGCCCACCUCUCCGCUCCUGCCGCCCCCGCCUCCGCCAGAGUACCAGUUCGUGGGCGGGCCGGGCGGGCCGGGGGUACUGCUCUCCCAGGAGGAAAUCGAUCUCCACGGCGAGAUCAUCUCGGUGGUAGACGGCGCUGGCCACGGCUGGAAACGCCACACGCGCGUCUAUGGCGGAGGUGUCUGCCUUGCCUGUCUAGCCGCCGAUGGUGAAGGUGGUGACGGCGGGUUUUACGGUGACAAGGUUCCACUUGAGGACAGGCGGUAG